AUGAAUUAUGAUGAUAAUCCUCGUUUUCAUCUACAAGGAUAUAGAAACGCGUUGGACCAUAUGCAAGAAAAAGAUUUUAUAUGGAGGCCGUACAUUCAAUAUUCGGUCCCCAAUAUUAGAGAUAGCCAAACCUGGAGUGCUACAACUUCUCUUAUUUGUUUCUACACCGUUGAAAUGCAUCAAACAGAUAGGGUAAAACUCCAGUUUGGAUUUGAACAAUAA